UUUAUAGAUGAUGCCAAUUCAUUAAGGCGAAAGAUAAAAAAAAUUAGUAACAACUCCAUACUUACCAAACAAGUAGCCGAAACUGAGAAGUCUACUGAAAAUCAACUUAUUGGCUUCAAUAUCAUCAAAGCUGAACCAGUCGAGCGGAUACCAUUAUUCGGAAGUUCAGGUGCAAAUACAAGCAAUUUCAAUCUGCAACCUAUAGGUUCGUUCUCGCAACCACACAUCAGUAUGCAAACUUUAAGGUCUCAAAUGUCACCAGGGCGAAAAUCAUCCCCUAUGGAUUACAAUCGAUCUCUGGUGCAGCAACCAUAUCAACCAAAUAAUGUUACACCAAUAAUGCAACAACCAAAUAUGUUGGAUGUUCAAUUUUAUAACGAACCACAAUUAUCAGAUCAAUCGCAAUUGAAUCAGCAGGAACUGAAUUUGUUAUUAAACAAAGUAACAUCAGAAAAUCAAGAUGGAUUACAGCCAUUAAAUAAUAUCGACACUGCAGGAGUUUCAUGUCUGCUAGACAUGGACAGUCAGCAAUACAAUCUUAACUGGAACUCCUCUGAUUUUGCGGAUUUUGGAAACCUUACUGCAAAUUUAUCAACUGGAUUAUCCAUCUCCGAUUCUAUACAAUCUGUAAACAACAUUGAAGAAAGAAACAUGAACGAACGUAUUUCAUGGAUAAAUGUGAAUCAAGAACUUUCAGUUUUGGAUAAUAAGAUACUCACAACUAAUCGAGAAAAUGAUGGCUGAGGAUAUAACUGAAGCAACUUUUUAUCAAAAGAUACAAUAUUUCGUACUAAAUAGUACAUAGAAGCACUACUACUAUUACUACGAGAGAGAGAGAGAGAGAGAGAGAGAGAGAGAGA